AUGAGCUUGUCCUCUGGCCUGGCCUCUGCAACCAUCAAGGGCUACUUCCUCCGCCUGCUGCAGCUGCUCUCCACCUGCCUGGCCUUCUCGCUGGUGGCUACCACUGGCACUUGGAGGGAGACCAUAGGUAACUGGUCCAUGUUCAUCUGGUGCUUCUGCUUCGUCGUGACCCUCCUUACUUUCAUAGUCGAGUUAUGUGGGCUCCAGUUCCUCUGGCCCUUUUCCUGGGACGAUUUUCUCAUCAACUAUGCCUCCUACUCCACCCUCCUCUGCCUCUCGGCCUCCAUUAUUUACCCCACCAUGUACAUCCAGAUCGUCCCUCAUGGCAGCUCCUGGAACCACGCCAUUGCUGCUACGGCUUUCUCCUGCCUUGCUUCUGUGACGUAUGCCACUGAAGUGGCCUGGAUCUGUGCCCGGCCCAGCCAGAUCACCUGCUAUGUGCUCCCCAUGCCAGGACUGCUCAAGGGGCUAGAGAACUUCAUGGCCUGUGUCAUCUUCGGCUUCAUCAGCAACACCUCCCUGUACCUGCACCAGCCGGCCCUGGUGUGGUGUGUGGCUGCGUACUCCAUCUGCCUCUUCCUGGGGGCCGUGACCCUCCUGCUGUAUCUGGGAGGCUAUAGCAACAAGUUGCCCUUCUGCUUCCCCAUUUUCCUGUUGGGGUUGGCCCUGCUCUCCAUCCUCCUCUACGCCAGCGCUCUGAUCCUCUGGCUGCUCUACCAGUUCGACGAGAAUUUUGGUGGCCAGCCCCAGCGGUCCAGUGAUGUGAGCUGCCGUCAUCAACUCACUCACUUGGUGUGCACCUGGGACCAAAGACUGGUUGUAGCCAUCUUGACAGCGGUCAACCUGCUGAUUUAUGUGGCUGACCUGGUGUACUGGGCCCGCUGGGUCUUUGUUGGGACUGAGGACCAGCCCAAGGACUCCUGA